AAAUCGAUCAAAGCUCAAGAAAAAGUAAUGCAUGCGUCGCUUUAUUCCGUCGUGGUAGGCGCAGAGCUAAAAAGCGUUUGCAGACAUCCCCCUAAGCGCUAGAAAGCUUGAAGCAUUUGAAAAUUUGAAAAAAUGUCUUCCAAGAAGAAAGCGGAAGAAGAAAAACGUAGGCGUGCCUACAUACAUUUCCGGUUCCGUAGUCUGGUUCGGACGGUAAUCGCCAACAACUACUGGCUGUCGGAGCUCGAAGACCAGGAGUUUGGCGACAAUGCUCGGCGCAACAUUGCCAUCAUUGUGCGGCGCAAGGGCCGGAAGGGGCUGCUCACUAUAUUUGACAAAAUGAUUCUGAAUCAACCGUCGUCCGGGCGGACGGCGGAGCAGAAAGCAAAACUGGCCGAUGUGUUUCGCCAGCUGGAAUGUUUGUCGCGAUUUCCGCUGGAGGUGCGGGAGCAGUUGGCCACGUGUGCCGGCUACCGGUACUACAAUGCCGGUCGUACGGUGCUGCGCGAGAAGAAUCAACCCGUUUCGGUUUAUUUCGUGCUGAAUGGGGAAAUCACCGUUAGCCGGCUGCAGUGGGAUCCGGUUUACAAAGAAUUUGUUGAUGUCCCGUGUGGAGUUCGCGUGCCGGGGGAAAUGUUCGGUGAUAUAGCAUUCCUGUACGAUUGUCCACGGACAGCGACCUGCACCACUGCAACUGACUGCGAACUGCUGUGUGUUUCCGGGGAGGAUUUCAAACGGCUGCUAGAACCAACCCUGCGGCUACAAUGGAACCAGAUGCAGGAAGCGAUCCGGCGCUUCCAAUACUUUGACCACUGGACGGAGGAUCAGAUUCGGGAGUGCUGCAUCUUGGCCAAGGUGGCCCACUACGAGCCCCAGCAGCAGAUUGCCGUUCCCGGGACGGGCGGUGACCUUGAGUAUGCGUACUUUGUCCUCAGUGGUCAGUGUUUGGUGCUGCAAUGUUUGAAAAUGAUGAAGAAAGUGCGUGGACAGAGGCAGUGCUUCCGGCUGCUACCGGCCGAAUCGGACGACCGGAUACUUCACAUAGCUGAGCGGUUGAUGAAACGGAAAGAUUCCGAAGUUUUAGAAGCCGUUCUUUCGCCAACCUUGCGGCAAUCGUUGUCUGGGUCGCGGCUGAGCUUGGCUCGAAGUGGUAGCUGCGAAGAAAGCGACGAUCAUGACAGUCAGAAUCAACCAAACGAAGAAAAGUUGGAGCACCACUUUCUGGACGUGGGAACGUACAGCUGUGGGUCGGUGUUCGGACUCGGCGAACGCAUGCAAGAUCGCUCGAUCGUGGCCCGCAACCACGUCCAGUGCAUGCUAAUUCCCCGGUAUUGGCUAUUCAUGAAACAUCAAAACACCGGUAACGUUUGGCAGCGGAUCAAGAUGUACCUGGAUCAGGCCAUUCCCAGUCGGGAGCAGCUGUUCAAAAAGUUCCUGGACGACAUCAAUUGGAUGGUCUAUCGGAAGCGGGUCGUCAGCGAUGUUAUACAACGUCGCGGUCGGCAGAUCAAUACCCGGCUGGCCGACGUUCCGAUUGUGUGCCGAGUCGAGCAGUCCGACAUUGGUCAGAGCAAGAAACGAUGAUUUAUUUUCUAGGUAACCUAGCGAAAAUUAUGCAAGUGAUCGCCUAACAAUGCGAUGCAAACGGAUAGCGAAAAUACAAACACCUAAGUGAU